AUGAGGGGGCGGGCCCCAGGAAAGGCCCACACAGCCUCAGGGGGCGAGGACCAGCGAGCAGCGGCUGGAGACCCAGGAGGAGCCCUCCUCCGGGAGCUCAGUCCCGGGAGGGCGCUGGGGGCUCGGGAGGCCCGGGAGACCGGGACACGCCCGUCCCACCUCCGCCUCUCCCUUCGGCUGGCUCUGCUUUGUAUCCUCUGCCACAGUGAAGCUGGAAUCAUCAGCGCUUGCCGAGGCUCCAGACCUGGCUGCCCACCCACCGGCCCCACGGGUGCCUUUCUGCCCCCGAACCCGUGGACGGUCCAGGGCACCCUCGGGACACCGUCGUCUCGGCCUCAGCCAGGGGCUGGCUCCCCUGGACUCCGCUCUCCUGUCCCUCCCCUUCCUGUCCGCAUGCCGGCCACCCGCCAGUCCCACCCAGGUCACCGCCCCCGGCCGCUGGCCGCCCUCGGCCUCUCACAGGCUGUUCUCGCCUCUCCGGGGGCCCGAAGAGAAACAGUGCAGGCGAUCCAGACGGAGGAGCUGGCCUCCGGCCACAGACGCCUGUGCUCUGAAGUGUCCGGGGUCUGCUCCAGCCAGGCCCCACCUCCAUCUUCUCACCCGGAAGACGACUCCCUGAGGGGCAUCGUCCUCCGCAACCGAAGGGGAAGCGUGGCUGCCGCUGUGGAAGCAAGCCGGCCGGACAAGCAGCGGCCCAGACCCGAAGCUUAA